AUGGACAAAGAUUGCGACAUGGUAUAUAAGAACAUCUCUGACCUUUACAAAUCCGAAGAAUUUAAGACCUACGACAACUUUGUUUCAUUAGUUGCAAAAUGUGUUUGGGAAAUAAGAGAUAAAGAUAGUAGGGGUAAGGUAUGGAACGAACAAAUAAGACCCGCUAUGUUCGAGAUGAAGAAAACCAUUGACGCCUUAGUUGUUUUAGCAGGUAAGGUUUCAGAAUAUAACGCAAAAAUGAACCCGCAAUGUUCAAAAUGUAAAGCAGCAAUGAGGAAAUAUAACUACUCCGUCAAAGAGAUAGAACGUAUGCGAAACGACUAUGCAGAUUUAAAGAAAGAAGCAGAAAAACCAGCAGAAGAUAAAAUGGACAUGUUAGCAUUUCUGAACAAAAACUAUCCAACUGCUGACGAUUUCCUUCUAUCUGAUGUCAAGAAGAAGUAUAAAGAAACUUUCGGUAUCGUUAAAACAUUCGAUGUACUGACAGAAGAAAUAGAAGCUACAAAAUUGUUUAGAGUCAUGAACCAUCGCAACAUAUACCAUGUAAAACGCUUGUAA